GACAGUGACAGUGUUAUAUGGGUGAGAUGAAAACAGAGGUGAGAUGAAAUCCAGGUGAAGAGAAGAAUGUCGGAACCUUGCAUCAGAACCGUAGUUGAAGCCAUACACUCUUCUCCUUUCCAAGCCGUUCUCUAUCUCGCUGGUGGAGCUUCUCAGGCUUUGGGUUGGUUGCUAUCAAUUCCUGGUGCUUCAAACACUGUGCUUGAAACUCUGGUUCCUUACUCUAGGAUGUCAAUGAUCCAGUUAUUUGGCAAGAUUCCAUCCCAAUUUUGUAGCCAACAGACUGCUGAAGAUAUGGCUUUAAUGGCUUAUAAUCGAGCUCUUAAACUUUCAAAGCCAGGAUCCCCGGUUGUUGGUGUGGGCUUCACUGGUUCUUUGGCGAGCAGUCGUCCAAAGCAAGGGGAACACAGAUUUUAUAUGUCAACAAGGACAGCUGACCGACUUUGGAUAUCAAAAGUGACCUUGGCUAAGGGCCUUCGUAGUCGAGAAGAAGAAGACAAAAUUUCUAGUCAUCUUUUGCUCAAGGCAAUUGCAAAUGCAUGCAAAGUUCCAGCAACAUCUAUUCCGGGGUUGAGUGAAUCAGAUGUAUCAGAUGAAUCUGAAAAACAAUUCAAUGAAGAUCAAGAGUUAGAACAGCUUAUAAACGGUCAAAUAUGCUAUAAAAUUUACCCAUUUGGUAGUGAGAUACCAGCAGAAAGGAAAAUAAUACUGCCUGGUUCUUUCAAUCCUUUACAUGAUGGGCAUCUCAAGCUCAUGGAAGUUGCUACUUGCAUUUGUGGUGAUGUAUACCCCUGCUUUGAAAUAUCUGCAGUCAAUGCAGACAAACCUCCCUUAUCGGUAUCUGAGAUCAGAGAUCGUGUCAAGCAAUUUGAGAAAGUUGGAAAGACGGUAAUUAUAUCCAAUCAGCCUUAUUUUUAUAAGAAGGCUGAACUUUUUCCGGGCAGUGCUUUUGUAAUUGGUGCUGACACGGCAGUGAGGCUUAUUAAUCCUAAAUACUAUGAUGGGGACUACAACAAGAUGCUGAAGAUACUUAUUGGUUGUAGAGAUACAGGGUGCACUUUUCUUGUGGGUGGUCGGAAUGUAGAUGGUGCUUUUAAGGUUCUUGACGAUCUUGAUAUUCCAGAAGAACUAAAAGACAUGUUCAUCUCCAUUCCGGCUGAGAAGUUUCGCAUGGAUAUAUCAUCCACUGAGAUAAGAAAAAGAAGUGGGCUAUAAAUAUUUUUACGGCUGAAGGUACAAACAUGACGCUCAAACACUAUAAAAGAUGGGAAUAAAUCCUCUACAGUUUGAAACAAACUGCAGGAGGUACAGUUUUCUGAUCCAAGGUUUUACAUUAAUUGAACUAUUUUUGUCAUCAUAUUUAUACAUGUCCCGAUCCAUAAAAGAGGGAUUCUGUAUGUUUCAGACAAUUAUUGAAUACUCAUGCAUAAGACACUAUACUUCUAGUCCUAAUGAUAGAUGUAUCAGUGUCCAUGUUUUAGUAACUGUUAAAGACAAUUUAUGUCUCUGCACGAUUGAUGUCUAUUAUUUUUACACAUAAUAGAGCUUGUUGUAAAUUAAUAAUAUGCGUGUAUCUGUCAUUGAAUUUUAUUUGAUUGAGGUUAUGAUA